UAACGUAUCCCUGGACCGGAAGUCAAAGAAAGAGUGCAAGUCUUAAUGUGCAAGAGACCAGCCUGUGCGCACGUGAUGUCGUUACAGGACGUAACUUCCGGUCCACGGAUUUUUCAAAACAGCCCGUCGUGUUUUUUAACUUUUACUCAAGCCGGUACAGAGCCCGAUACACACAGGGCCUGAACACUCUCCAGGACCUCCAGGUGUUCGCUUCAUCUCCUGACUUCCGCUCUAGCAUUCGGCGGAUUAGGGUACUCCAAUGAAGCUCUGGGCUCGCUCUUCUCCGAAGCACGUGAUCAUCCUGUUCCUUCACGGCGCUUCGACUGGACGCUAGUGGUGUGACGGACUACGCUACGCUGGCCGCGGGAUGGAGGGAACCUACUUGAAUGGCGGGGCUGGCCACUGCUCAUCAUCCGACGAGGGUCACUCUGGCGUGGACGCCAAACGCCGCCGCACUGUGUUCGUCAAGUUCAGCGAGGAUCCCACCAUCGACGUGCACCGAGGGUCCCCGACGCGCGGCCGCAGACGGGCAGCCUCGGCUUGCGCUCGCGGCUCCUUCUCCAAAUUCGGCUCAUCCAGGAGCCGCCCCUCACCGGCCAAGGAGACGGUCGCUUCUCCGGAACCAGACAGGACCCGGACCACGGUACCGAACCCCGUCUACAUGAAACGAGCGGCCCCCGAAAGUGACAAAGUUGUCCUUGUCGUACCAGCAGAGCCACUGAACUAUUGGUGUCCCACUUGUGACGCGCCGCCCGGCGGUCAGCUGUGCCUGGAAGAGCACAAUUAUUGGAGCAUGCAGCGCGCAGUGCGCGAGGCGGCCCGGGGACUCCGCGCUGAGCACAACUCCGUGGUGGCAGAACUGCAGCGUGCGCUGGAGACCGUGCUGAUGAUGACGACCUGGGCUGAGGCAGCCGAAGCGGGGCAGGACAUCACCGCGCUGCGAGCGCAGGCCGCCAGCAUGGGGCGCGUGCGGCAAGCUCUGCGGAAGUUCGAUGAAGAAACGCUCCUACGCCGGACUGCAGCAGCUAGCCCUCCGGAGGCACGUCGGGCCGCAGAGGAGGUGCCACAGCUGGCUGUGACAGCGGUGACGUCGCUGCCUCGUGAAGAGGGCCCGCUUGUCGACAGCGUCGUCAUCCACGACCAACUGAAGCAGGAGCAGGAACGUGACGAGGAGGCUUUCGCGGACAACGCCACCACAGUGUCGGCGGCAGACACAGACGACAUCAUGAUACUGUCUCCUAAUGGAGAUUGGGAAGCAGCUGACGAAAUGCCUAGCGGACUGAAGCAGGAGACGAACGAUGUCGACGAACAUGAGGACCAACAUGUCGACCAACAAGUCGACCAACAUAUGGACCAACAUGUGGACCAACAUGUGGACCAACAUGUGGACCAACAUGUCGACCAACAAGUCGACCAACAAGUCGACCAACAUGUCGACCAACAUGUGGACCAACAUGUCGACCAACGUGUCGACCAACAUGUCGACCAGCAUGUCGACCAACAGGUCGGCGGAAGCAACGUCGUCAUCACUCUGCCAGGGCACAACUACGCUGCGGUUUACGCGCCUGACGAGUGUCUUGACGUCUCGGAAGCGACCGAUCAAGUCCAACAUUCUUCGCAACUGGACGACAUCAUGCAAUCUGCAGGAUUAGACAAGGUGAAGCGGCUGAACGGCGUCAACUGCUGCAAGCAGCCCAGCUGGAGCGUGUCGCUGCUGAAGCGCGUGGCCCCGACGGUGGAGUGGCUGUACGUGCUGGAGGCGCUGACGGAGCACCAGCAGGCCGUGAGCGAGAUGCCGUCCCUGCGCUACCUGCACCUGCACGUGUGCCACACGGACGGGACGCCGCCGGCCCUGCCGCUGCAGCUGGAGGAGCUGACCGUGGAGAACGUGGCGAAGCACCACUUCACGUCGCUGCAGCGCAUGCCGCGGCUGCGGAAGCUCUCGCUGGACUGGAGCGACGACCCCGUGGCCGUGGUGUCGCCGCCGCUGCCGCCGCACCACCGCGGCCUGCAGUGGCUGUGGGUGUCGCUGCGGCCGAGCUCCACCGCGCUGUCCCUGGCCAGGGCGCACGCCGCCACCCUCAUGGAGCUGCGCCUCCUGUGCGCCACGCACGGCGACACCCCCUGGCACUUCAGGGACCUGGCGGCGGGGCUGCGCGGCUGCGGCCUGGCGGCGCUGCGACGCAUCGUCCUGCUGCGAAGGCUGCUCCCCAACGUGCCCGACAGGGAGAUCCCCCACAACAGGAACGCGUGCCUGCGGCAGAAGGCGAGCAUCGACGAGGCCUUGCGAGUGCGCGGCAGGGCCCCGAAGGUCUUCUGCGCGGUGUGCGACGCCGCGCCGGAGUUUCCGGAGCUCGGGGACUUCACUUGGAUGGACAGGUAGCUGGUAGUGUAUGGCGUUGUUCGGAUGCAUGUUCUUGAAGUAACAGAAGCAUGCCUUUUUAGAAUUCACGAUCUUAGUUGAAGCUUCUGUUCUGCUCUGGAGUGUGUAAUUUGAUUGAGAGGAUCCCUUCUUUAGGACCCAAAUUUUUAGUCGAAGUGAUUGAACUGCGUGUUUUACUCGGCGGUGUGUAUUUUGAUUGAAACAAGGAUGUUGGUGCUUGACGAACGAGCGGAGCACGCCAGGCAUAGAUGUAGUAUUUCUCAUUUGCCCACAAAUGGUUUAUCUUAAGUGACGUGCACCAAAAACCUGGAUCUGUUAAGUACGCAUUGUACAUUAUUUAUUCAAGUUUUGAACCCAGGUACAAAUUUUACAUAGUUAUGUUCUUUAUCCCCUCAAUUUUGUCAUAUGAACGUAAAUGAAUAAAUGUGUUCUUUGUACUAAAAUUCACACAUCUUGAAGGAUCGUUUAAGUAUUCACUUGUGCUUCGAAGAGAGUGGCCUGACGUGAUUUGCCUAAUGAGAGUUUUCUUCGCUCUUUGUGUACUAGUAGGUGGGCAGUACUCCAACAUUCAGGUGAUUAAUUGGGUCCUCUUGUAUUACAAUCCAAUCAUCAGAAAACUGUACCAUCGGUGACAAUGUGGAUGUGAUUAUGAUGUGUUGCUAUCAAUCUGUUCGGCAUAGCACACCCACUGUCAAGAACUUCCUUGUUUAAUUACAACAAAUUUUUU